GGCGACCCGGCGAGUGGGAGGGGACUGCGGGUCAACGGAGAGUUCAGCAGUACCCCGUGGCUUGGGGAGACGGGGGACCCCCCACUCCCGGGCAUGCCAGCGCCUGACAGCAGCAGGACAGAGGUGAUGGCAGAGAGUUGGGAGCCAGGGCCAGCGCUGGGUGACGGGGACGUGACCCCCAGGGGGGCCCUGCAGCGAGCAGGGCAGCACGAGGAAGCUCUGAUGGCCGAGCUCUCGGAGCUGGUGCAGAAGGUGGUGAAGAGCAGCAGCUGGUGGGAACGGUACGGCGGGGGCACCAACCACCUCGGGUUCCUGUGCCUGCGGUCAGCCCAGGCCAUCCCUUUCCUGGUGGGUGUCCUCACCCUCGGCGUGGUGCAUCACACCCUGACCGUGAAGGGCAGCCACCUGGCCAGCCACAACGCCUUGACCGAGUCCAAGUCCUGGGGCAAAGUGUGGGCCAUCUUCUUCAUUGAGCUCUGCUCAGCUUUCACGGCCGAGCAGGCCACCUAUAACCACGUAAAGAUCCACCACGGCUACACCAACGUCAUUGGCCUGGGGGACUCCAGCACCUGGAAGCUUCCUUUCCUGAAUCGCUACGUCUACAUGUUCAUCGCGCCUCUUGCAGUGCCCAUCAUAACCCCUCUGGUUGCACUGGACUUGUUGAGGAAUGUGGAGUGGAAAGCAGCUCUCCGGACUCUCUGCUGCAUGUUUCUGGGUCUUUACUGCCAUUACUGGCUGCUGCUCCACGUCUCGGGCUUCCAGUCGACGUGGUCUGCCCUGCUCUGCAUGCUGCUCACCCGCUCCCUCCUGGCCCAUCCCUACAUCCAUGUCAACAUAUUCCAGCACAUCGGCCUCCCCAUGUUCGCGGCCGAUCGGAAACCGAAGCGGAUCCACCUCAUGAGCCUGGGUGUCCUCAACCUGCCCCGCAACGCCCUGCUCGACUGGUCCUUCGGCCACUCGCUCAUCAGCUGCCACGUGGAGCAUCACCUCUUCCCCAGCCUCUCCGACAACAUGUGCUUGAAGAUCAAACCCAUUGUCUCCCAGUACCUGAAGCAGAAGAAGCUGCCGUACAAUGAGGACACCUACACCUCCAGGCUCUGGCUCUUCCUCCAGAGAUACGAGGAGCUGAUGGUCCAUGCUCCCCCCAUAACAGAGCUAGUGGGCAUCCAGUGA